AUGUCUCUCUCUAACAAGCUAGCCAUCACAGACAUUGACCUCAAAGACAAACGAGUUCUUAUCAGAGUCGACUUCAACGUCCCACUUGACUCGGAGAAGAAAGUCACAAACAAUCAGCGAAUUGUCGGCGCUGUCCCAACCAUCAAGCACGCGAUUGACCAUGGAGCCAAAGCCGUCAUUCUCAUGUCACACCUUGGUCGACCGGACGGCAAGGCCAAUCCGAAGUACAGUCUCAAGCCUGUGGUGCCAGAGCUCGAGAAGCUGCUAGGCAAGGACGUCACAUUUACCAAUGACUGUGUUGGGCAAGAGGUCGAGGAGGUGGUUAAUAAUGCCACUGGCGGGCAGGUUAUCCUGCUAGAAAACCUACGCUUCCAUGCAGAAGAAGAGGGCAGCAGCAAAGAUGCCGAGGGCAAGAAAGUAAAGGCGGACAAAGCAGCAGUCGAGCAAUUUAGGAAAGGUCUCACAACUCUGGGAGACGUGUACAUCAACGAUGCCUUCGGUACUGCCCAUCGAGCUCACAGCUCCAUGGUGGGUGUCGACCUGCCGCAAAAAGCUGCCGGUUUUCUCAUGAAGAAAGAACUCGACUAUUUUGCCCAAGCUCUUGAGAACCCAAAGCGACCAUUUCUGGCGAUCCUUGGUGGCGCCAAAGUUUCAGACAAGAUCCAGCUCAUCGACAACCUUCUAGGAAAAGUGAACAGUCUCAUUAUCUGUGGUGGGAUGGCCUUCACCUUUAAGAAGACUUUGGAUAAUGUCAAAAUUGGCAACAGCUUGUUCGAUGAAGCAGGAAGCAAGAAAUGCGAGGAUCUUAUCAAGAAGGCAAAAGAAAAAAAUGUCAAGAUAGUGUUUCCAGUUGACUACAUCACAGCCGACAAGUUUGCCCCGGAUGCCAAGACCGGGUAUGCAACAGAUGAGCAGGGGAUCGAAGAUGGCUGGAUGGGCUUGGAUUGCGGAGAGAAGAGCAUCAAGCUAUACAAGGAGACCAUCGAUGAGGCUAAGACGAUUUUGUGGAACGGUCCUCCGGGUGUGUUUGAAAUGGACCCAUUCGCCACGGGCACAAAAGCAGCCAUGGACGCUGCAGUCGAAGCAGCUCAGAGCGGCAAGAUUGUCAUCAUCGGAGGUGGUGAUACCGCAACCGUUGCGGCCAAAUAUGGUGUGGAAGACAAGCUCAGCCAUGUAUCUACAGGUGGUGGUGCUUCUCUUGAGCUGCUGGAAGGCAAAGAGCUGCCGGGUGUCUCGGCCCUAUCCAGUAAGUAG